AAGAAAUGGUGAACACAGAGAAGAAUCCAGAAGUGGUUUCCCCCCCACCCCCCUAUACACCAGCCGGACAGCCUCCUGUCUCAGCUCAGCCGGGUCAACAACCUCAACCUGGUAGCCCCGCUCAACCUGGAUAUCCACCCCAGCCUGGUUACCCAGCCCAGCCUGGCUACGCAGCCCAGCCUGGUUACCCAGCCCAGCCUGGUUACAUAGCCCAGCCUGGUUACCCAGCCCAGCCUGGUUAUCCAGCACAGCCCGGGCAGUAUCCACCUCAGCAUGGGUAUCCACCGCAGUCUGGUUACCCGCUGCCUCAGCCAGUUUACGCUCCACAGUCCGUCCAAAAAGUUCAGCAAAGUAACAUUGAAAUCAAUAUUGGCGCCCCGGUAAGUCCCUCUCGUGUUCAUAGUAUGUAAUUUUUGACUGAAUAGGAAGGUCAGAAAG